UUAGUCAAGAGACGGACUCUGUGCCUGCCGACGGAGCCACGGGGCCAGACCCGGUGGCUCACAGUCCUGUCGUCUGACUCCUAGGUUCUGGAGGACACAUGCCAGCGGCAGAACUUCAACCCCAGCGAGUACGAUCUGAAGGCCCACCCAAAUCCAGGAUGACCUCAUCUCAAGAUCCCUAACUCAGUUUUAUCUGCAAAGUUCCUAUUUCCAAGUUUCAGAGGAAUGUGCUUGACCUCUCUCUCCAGUGGAGAUUUGCCAAUCUGCCCAAUCAUGCCAAGCUGGAGAUGGUCCCUGUCUCCCGGAGCCGCGAGGGGCCCGAGAACACGGUUCGCAUCGCUCUGCAGCUAGAUGAUGGCUCUAGGUUGCAAGACACUUUCUGUUCAGGCCAGACGCUCUGGGAACUUCUCAGCCAUUUUGCACAGACCAGGGAGUGCCUGGAGCAGCAGAGCGAGGCCAGCCCGGUGUGUGUGUACAUGCGGAACGAGGUGACCGGCAGAGCCUCCUUACAGAGCACGACGCUGAAGUCUCUAGGCCUCACCGGGGGCAGCGCCAUCAUCAGGUUCUCCGCGAAGCGAUGCAGGCAGGAGCCUGGGGUCUCCGGGACCAAGACCCCAGGGAGCCCGACGUCCUCCUUGUCCACCGACCAGCCCACCGGCGCUCCUCUGCUCCCGCAGAACUCAGUGGGGCUCAGUCAGGGUGACGUGAGCCAUCAGGAUGAAGUGGGGACCUCCGGGGCCAGCCGCACGGACGCUCAAGCGAAGCAGAUCUUGAAGGAGCCCUCCCCCACCCCCUUUGUUCCUUUCUCUGGUGGGGGCCAGCGACUGGGGGGCUCGUCGGGGUCCGGAAGGUCUAUGACGUCCCCUUCAGCCAAACUGCCUAAGUCCUUCUCCAGCCCGGGAGGCCCCUCCAAGCCGAAGAAGUCGAGGCCUGGCCAGGAGCCCCGGUCGGAACCCGAGCCGCCGGUGGACCGGGACCCCGUGGUGUGCCACCCAGACCUGGGAGAGCUACUCCAGGCCUGGCCUGCAGAGCUGCCGGACGAGUUCUUCGAGGUGACCGUGGACGACGUGAGGCGGCGCCUGGCCCAGCUCAAGAGCGAGCGGAAGCGCCUGGAGGAAGCGCCCUUAGUGACCAAGGCCUUCAGGGAGGCCCAGAUGAGGGAGAAGCUGGAGCGGUACCCCAAGGUGGUCCUGAGGGUCCUGUUUCCCGACCGCUACAUCCUGCAGGGCUUCUUCCGCCCGAACGAGACAGUGGGGGACCUGCGGGACUUCGUGAGGAGCCACUUGGGGAACCCUGAGCUGCCAUUCUAUCUGUUCAUCACUCCUCCCAAAACGGUCCUGGAUGACCACACGUUGACUCUCUUUCAGGCUGACAGUGCGUGGUGGGCCCUCCCCUUCGCUGGUGUCUGCUUUGGUCCGACCCUCCCCAUGGCCCCCAAAGCUCCUGAAGGAGCCCUGGGGUGCUGUCUGUCCUGCCCAAGCAGCCUGAUUCCUGGUGACACCCUGCCCCCUGCCACCAGCAGCUGUCUCCUUUCAUCUGUCAGCUCAGCCUGGAGCUGCGGGGGCCUCCGUGAGGGGUGGCGUCCCCGCCCGCCCGCCGGCAGAGCUGGCCCGGCUCGGGGAAGGAAGCCUUCCUCCCUCGUGUGGGCAAACCUCUUCCCUGCUGCCCUCGUGCACUUCGGAGCUGAGGAACCGACAGGGCAGUUCCUGGAGCCCAGGCUGCUGGAGCACACCGUCUCCCCGUCUGCAGCUGACGUGCUGGUGGCCAGGUGCAUGUCCAGGGCUGCUGGGGCUCCAGCCCCGAUGCCAGCCCCUGACCCUGGACCCCUUGAAGUGGAGCCAACGGCUGUGGCGGGGGCCGUGGGACUCCCUGAGCCCAGGGAGCCCAGCCCCGGGAUGGCCCAGCCCGUCAGGAGGGAUCUGGGCAAGGUGCCCAAGUGGCUAAAGCUGCCAGCCAGCAAGAGGUGAGAGCCGCCAGCCUGGAGGUGCCCUGUCUGCCAGCCGCGGGAAUAAAGGUGUGAGCUGCUCUCGA